AUGCGCUUCUAUCGUGCCCACAAAAAGGGACGAUACAACCCAGCAAAGCGCUCUAGUCCUGACUCACUAGCCGAGGCCUGGGAGUUGUUUGCAGUGAAGAUUAGGCGAAAGCCUGAACAAUGGCUUCGCAAGCUUCGCAAACGUGAAGCCGAUAUUCUGGAGUACAAUAUUGAAGGAUCCAAGAUGGAGAUUCACCUACAAUCGAUGAGCGAGGACAACCUGUAA